AUGAAUUUUAGCAAACCAAAGACCGGCAGCAGUCAGCCAGUCAUUCGCAAGAGUGUCGUCAGAGUUCCUGUUCCGAAGGCUGCCAGCGCCGCACCGCACCGAGGUCCCGAUCCGAAUAGGUUCAAGCAGGCCCUCGAUCGCAAGCCCGCAAAGCCUGUAGCUUUCAAAGCACCUCAGAACCCGGCUCGUAGAGCCUUGUCCAGUUCGAGAGGCGUGAAGAGGAAGAGCGCGACCCCUCAGCCAGCGUUGUUCAGCGACGACGAAGACGAGAGCAGCGAUCUUGGCGGUAGCGACUCCGAUGUUUCACGAAAACGGAUCAAGAGCAGCGUCAGCUCGGUAGAGAGCAGCUGGCCAAGACGGCCUGUGGUUUCCGAGAAGGCCUUCAAAGAUGAUACUGUCUUCGACAUCAUACACGGAGCAGACGCUACUUCUGGAGUCCAUUCUCACAAGUUUAAGAAUCCUUGGACGAAUGAGACCUUCGGUACUACCGAGCUGCAAUACCCGAGUCGGAGUCAAAAAGAGCGCUUCGAGCUGAAGUGGCCCAAGAAUGAGUCGGAAGACUACAAGCCAAUGACGGAUAUCAUCGAGACGGUCAAGACGAUAUGCCUGUUUUACUUCCCCGAAGAACUCAGCAACAAGUAUCUGGACGAUGACACUGGUUUUGGGCGCCGCUUCAACAGGGCAUGGCACGCCAAAAGCACAGAGGAGAUCAUUGAGGUGGUUGAGGACUUCAAUACUGUCGUCAAGUCGCUUAUAGACGACGGUACCAUUCGCAAAGAACUCAUAAAGAAGAGCCACCUGUCUCUAGAAUGGGUCAAACGUAUCUUGGAGCAGAUCUACUCAAGAACUGUCUCCCCCAAGGUCGAAACCCUCAGAGCGUAUCAGAAUGGAAGCGAUAAUGUGUACGGCGAACUGCUCCCUCGUUUCUGCAGUGAGAUAUUCAGGAGAGCGAAACUCAACCACGAGCAAGUGUUUGUGGAUCUGGGGUCGGGUGUCGGCAACGUCGUCCUGCAGGCAGCUCUUGAGGUUGGAUGUGAGAGCUGGGGCAUUGAGAUGAUGAAGAACCCAUGCGACUUAGCAGAGUUGCAAGCGAAGGAAUUCCCAGCGCGAACAAGACUCUGGGGCCUCUCUGCCGGAGAAGUCAAUCUCCUGCGCGGCGACUUCACAGAGAAUACACGCAUUGGCGAAGUCCUCAAGCGCGCGGACGUUGUCUUGGUGAACAACCAAGCUUUCACGCCCGCGUUGAACGACAAGCUCCUCUCGAUUUUCCUCGAUCUCAAAGACGGCUGUCAGGUGGUCAGCUUGAAACCAUUUGUGCCUGUGGGACACAAGAUUGCCAUGCGCAAUUACGGAUCUCACGCCAAUCUUUUCGUUCAAAGAAGAUUCGAAUACUUUUCUGAGAGCGUCAGCUGGACAGACCAGAGCGGCGAUUAUUAUAUUGCAACGAAGGAUCCCAGACCACUUGCGGCAUUUAUGAAGCAGAACAAUCUCAAGUAG